UUCCACGUGUUGCUAGUUGUAGGCGCCACAGGUUCCCCACCUGCGCCGGGGCGCUCGCUCCGGCCGCUCCACCUCUGCCGGCGGACUGAGGGGAACCACAGGGCCGGCGCGCCUGAGGCCGGCGCAGCAAUUCCCGAGGCGCUCAGGCUCAUCCCCCACGCUAACUCCGCCUAUUCAAUCCCGGUGGCUCCCCCUCUUCCCCCUCCCAGUCUUCCUCCCGACUCCUGCCCGCCCCUUUCGCCCUGGUGGUAGGAAACACUCCUGGAUCCAACUCGACGUGUCCGGAAAGCCCUGGCCAGUUUCCCUUUCGCUCUGCGGCCGCUGCUGCCAGCCCCGCGGCUCCCUCGGACCCGCGGGUGCCGCCGCCGGGGGUGAGGCGCCUGGGGACCGCGAGCCGAGCGGCGGGGUCCCCCGAGCACCAUGCUGGACCCGUCCUCCAGCGAAGAGGAGUCGGACGAGGGGCUGGAAGAGGAGAGCCGCGAUGUGCUGGUGGCGGCCGGCGGCUCGCAGAGAGCUGCCCCGGCCCCGGCUCGGGAAGGGCGGCGGGACGCGCUGGGGCGCACGGGCGGCGGCGGCGCGGCCAGACCCGUGAGCCCGAGCCCCUCGGUGCUCAGCGAGGGGCGAGACGAGCCCGAACGGCAGUUGGACGACGAGCAGGAGCGGAGGAUCCGCUUGCAGCUCUACGUCUUCGUCGUGAGGUGCAUCGCGUACCCCUUCAACGCCAAGCAGCCCACCGACAUGGCCCGGAGGCAGCAGAAGCUUAACAAACAACAGUUGCAGUUGCUGAAAGAACGUUUCCAGGCCUUCCUCAAUGGAGAAACCCAAAUUGUAGCUGAUGAAGCAUUUUGUAAUGCUGUUCGGAGUUACUAUGAGGUUUUUCUAAAGAGUGACCGAGUGGCCAGAAUGGUUCAGAGUGGAGGGUGUUCUGCUAAUGACUUCAGAGAAGUGUUUAAAAAAAACAUAGAAAAACGUGUGAGGAGUUUGCCAGAAAUUGAUGGCUUGAGCAAAGAGACAGUAUUGAGCUCAUGGAUAGCCAAAUAUGAUGCCAUUUACAGGGGUGAAGAGGACUUGUGCAAACAGCCAAAUAGAAUGGCCCUAAGUGCUGUGUCCGAACUUAUUCUGAGCAAGGAACAACUCUAUGAAAUGUUUCAGCAGAUUCUGGGUAUUAAAAAACUAGAACACCAGCUUCUUUAUAAUGCAUGUCAGCUGGAUAAUGCAGAUGAACAAGCUGCCCAGAUCAGAAGGGAACUCGACGGUCGCCUGCAGUUGGCAGAGAAAAUGGCAAAGGAAAGAAAAUUCCCACAAUUUAUAGCAAAAGAAAUGGAGAAUAUGUAUAUAGAAGAGUUGCGGUCUUCAGUGAAUUUGCUAAUGGCCAAUUUGGAAAGUCUUCCAGUUUCAAAGGGUGGUCCGGAAUUUAAAUUACAAAAAUUAAAACGUUCACAGAAUUCUGCAUUUUUGGACAUAGGAGAUGAGAAUGAGAUUCAGCUGUCAAAGUCCGACGUGGUUCUGUCAUUCACCUUAGAGAUUGUCAUAAUGGAAGUUCAAGGUUUGAAGUCAGUCGCCCCCAAUCGAAUUGUUUACUGUACAAUGGAAGUAGAAGGAGGAGAAAAACUGCAAACAGACCAGGCUGAAGCCUCAAGGCCACAAUGGGGAACACAAGGAGAUUUCACCACCACCCAUCCUCGGCCUGUGGUCAAAGUAAAACUCUUCACAGAAAGCACGGGGGUCCUGGCCCUUGAAGAUAAAGAACUGGGAAGGGUGAUAUUAUACCCAACUUCUAAUAGCUCCAAGUCAGCUGAAUUACACCGAAUGAUAGUUCCAAAAAAUAGCCAGGACUCUGACUUAAAAAUCAAACUGGCAGUGCGAAUGGAUAAACCACCACAUAUGAAGCAUAGUGGGUAUCUGUAUGCCCUUGGACAGAAGGUUUGGAAAAGGUGGAAAAAACGUUACUUCGUUCUUGUUCAGGUUAGCCAGUAUACCUUUGCUAUGUGCAGUUACAGAAAAAAAUCUGAACCACAAGAAUUAAUGCAGCUUGAAGGAUACACUGUGGACUAUACAGAUCCCCACACAGGCCUUCAGGGCGGUCACAUGUUCUUCAAUGCUGUUAAAGAAGGAGAUACUGUAAUAUUUGCCAGUGAUGAUGAACAGGACAGAAUACUGUGGGUUCAAGCCAUGUAUAGAGCCACAGGUCAAUCAUACAAACCAAUUCCUGCAAUUCAAACUCAGAAGCUGAAUCCUAAAGGAGGAACGCUCCAGGCAGAUGCUCAGCUUUCUGGUAAAGAUGCAGACCGUUUUCAGAAACAUGGUAUGGAUGAGUUUAUUUCUGCUAAUCCUUGCAAGCUUGACCACGCCUUCCUUUUUAGAAUACUCCAGAGGCAGACUUUGGAUCACAGACUGAAUGAUUCCUAUUCUUGCUUGGGUUGGUUUAGCCCUGGCCAAGUCUUUGUGUUAGAUGAGUACUGUGCCCGUUACGGUGUGAGAGGCUGUCACAGGCAUCUCUGCUACCUUACGGAACUGAUGGAACAUUCAGAAAAUGGUGCUGUCAUUGACCCUACCCUGCUCCAUUACAGCUUUGCAUUCUGUGCCUCUCAUGUGCACGGCAACAGGCCUGAUGGAAUUGGAACUGUUUCAGUAGAAGAAAAAGAGAAAUUUGAGGAGAUAAAAGAGAGACUCUCUUCCCUUUUAGAAAAUCAGAUAAGCCAUUUCAGAUAUUGUUUUCCCUUUGGACGACCUGAAGGUGCUCUAAAAGCUACACUUUCAUUACUUGAAAGGGUUUUAAUGAAAGAUAUUGCCACUCCCAUACCAGCAGAAGAGGUGAAGAAAGUGGUCAGAAAAUGUCUUGAGAAAGCUGCCUUGAUCAAUUACACUAGACUCACAGAAUAUGCCAAAAUAGAAGGCCCAGCAGAAAAGGAAACAGAGACCAUGAACCAAGCAACUCCUGCUAGAAAGCUGGAAGAGGUUCUUCAUCUAGCAGAGCUCUGCAUAGAAGUCUUACAGCAGAAUGAAGAGCAUCACUCAGAGGGAAGAGAGGCAUUUGCCUGGUGGCCUGAUUUACUGGCUGAACAUGCAGAGAAAUUCUGGGCUUUAUUUACAGUGGAUAUGGAUACUGCACUAGAGGCUCAACCACAAGACUCUUGGGAUAGUUUUCCUCUUUUCCAACUGCUUAAUAAUUUCCUCAGAAAUGACACACUUUUGUGUAAUGGAAAAUUUCACAAACACUUGCAAGAAAUCUUUGUGCCCUUGGUUGUCCGCUACGUCGAUCUCAUGGAGUCUUCCAUCGCCCAGUCAAUUCACAGAGGUUUUGAGCAAGAGACAUGGCAACCUGUCAAGAAUAUCGCCAACAGUCUUCCCAAUGUAGCUCUUCCAAAAGUUCCAAGUCUGCCUCUUAAUCUUCCACAGAUUCCUAACAUUUCUACUCCUUCGUGGAUGGCUUCUUUAUAUGAGUCCACCAAUGGCUCAGCAACAUCAGAAGACCUUUUUUGGAAACUUGAUGCACUGCAAAUGUUUGUCUUUGAUCUACACUGGCCAGAACAAGAAUUUGCCCACCACUUAGAGCAAAGACUUAAACUAAUGGCCAGUGAUAUGAUAGAGGCCUGUGUCAAAAGAACAAGAACUGCAUUUGAACUCAAGCUGCAAAAGGCAAGCAAAACAACUGACUUGCGCAUUCCAGCUUCCGUGUGUACAAUGUUUAAUGUAUUAGUCGAUGCCAAAAAGCAAAGCACUAAACUCUGCGCCCUGGACGGAGGACAAGAGCAACAGUACCAUUCAAAAAUAGAUGAUCUGAUCGACAACACUGUAAAAGAAAUCAUUUCGCUACUAGUUUCAAAGUUUGUUUCAGUGUUGGAAGGGGUGUUGUCUAAGCUGUCCAGGUAUGAUGAAGGCAGUUUCUUUUCAUCCAUCCUGUCAUUCACUGUGAAAGCAGCUGCAAAAUAUGUUGAUGUUCCAAAACCAGGAAUGGAUCUGGCAGACACUUAUAUUAUGUUUGUUCGGCAAAACCAGGAUAUUCUUCGAGAAAAGGUCAAUGAGGAAAUGUAUAUAGAAAAGUUGUUUGAUCAAUGGUACAGCAGUUCCAUGAAAGUCAUUUGCCUGUGGUUGGCUGAUAGAUUAGACCUCCAGCUUCAUAUUUACCAACUGAAGACGCUCAUCAAGAUUGUGAAGAAAACCUACAGGGACUUCCGAUUGCAGGGUGUGUUGGAAGGAACACUGAACAGUAAGACAUAUGAUACUCUGCACAGACGCUUAACAGUAGAAGAGGCCACAGCCUCUGUUUCAGAAGGAGGAGGACUUCAGGGCAUUACUAUGAAAGACAGUGAUGAAGAAGAAGAAGGCUGAUAACACACAGCCUCUGGAGAAGAGAGGAGUUCCUGGAUUGACAUUAUGCUUUUUGUAUUUUGUCCAUGUGAUUGCAUUUGUUGUCUUGACCAAAUAAAAAUGCUUGCAUUUCUUUAAAAAGUAAACCUGGAAGCAGAGUUAAUGAGGAAAAUGCCAAGUAUUUUUUUGAAGAAAAUCAUUCUCUUUUGUGUAGCUGAACCUAAAAAUGAACUUUGGCUCUGUUUGUGAUUGGAAUAUGAACAUUUUUUAAGAUUUGAGCUUCUUUUCUGUAAUCACAUCAAAAUAAUGUCGGGUAUGUGAAGUGAGAUGUGUAUUUCUCAUAAUACAGCAUUGUGAGAAGCCACUUCUAAUCACUGCGCCAACUCUAUUGUACCCUCGUUAAAAUGGUGUGUACCUUACAGUUUAUAAUUUAUGUGAAAUGUUUGUUUUGUACUUAAUUUGCCAUCGUUGUGAUGUGUAUAAAACUUUAACCUUGGUUCUUAGUACUUUGAAUUUAUCUGCAGGUAUCUUCCUGGGCUUAAAAGAAUGCCAAACUCAAAUAUAGACUAGAUUAUCCAAUGGGUUCGUGUUUUGUUCCAUUCUCAACAUUUCUUCUUUCAAGUAUACAAAAUCCCAAGUUAUAGGGUAGCAAGGUGUGCUUCCGUCAACAUAUUCUCCUACUCCUAAGUAUAAGAGCUUGCAGGCAAUAAAAAUCCAUUUGUUCACAACCACUUCUGUAUUUAUUAGUCCUGUAUAGAUUAAAUGCAGUAAAAGAUGUUUGCAGUAUUUCAGACAUCCCAA